CUGGUCUAAACCAUAACAUAAUUACUUGGCUUGGGGUUUUAUUUAGUAUAGUAGUUAAAUGAGGACAUGGUGGCACAUAGACUUAAUGAUGCUGGAAAUGGUGGCCAGAAAUGAUCUGCACUCUGGCAGUUUGACCCCAGCUCUGUGAGACAGAGUGAGCUCCCAUCACUCAGUCCCUAGCUCCUGCCUACCCAGCAGUUUGAAAGCAUUCAAUAUUGCAGGAGCAGCUCAAUUUCAACAUUUUAAAACAUACUGAUCAUCAUUGGAUCAUCAUUUUCAGAUAUAUUUCCAUUCAGCUUCUUCAUUGAAUUUCCUUGUGGGAAGUUGGCAGGGAGUACCUUUUCCCCACCCACCUAUUGCCUCCCUGGCACCUCUGCUGCUCACUGUCCCAAAGAACAGUUAUCUCCUGAAGACGGAGUUCAUAAAUAAAUGUCCACAUCAUUGCUUAUGCUGGGUGAAAUUCAUGCUUGCCCAAGAAGAAGCUCUUAUUACUAGCAUGCUGAUCAAAGGAUCUGUCCUACAAUUUUAAGAAAAUAACAGGCACUGUGCAGUUUUUCCCUCGAGGAGUGGAAUACAGACUUCAGAAUGUGCAGAAGUUCCAAUGUGUCAUAAAGGUGAAAAGUUCUGCUUCCCUGGAGACAGUUCUGCUUCACUCUUGGGGCCUAAUAGAACCCAUUCAAACAGCAUUGUAACGAUGCCUGAACAGCCAGUGUCACAACCUCUGCUCAAAGACAAUCGAUGCAACAUGACAGAUAUCCCACAGCGAAUUUCCCUUUCCAGGCCACCAGUGAAAAAGAGCAUGUACAAGACUUUGUAUAUGAUGGAUUAUAAACCAUGUGAUGAGUUCCAGAACCAGCUGCCUAUGAUGGAUCUCUCAAAAAAACAGCAACUGGAAACUCAGCUAAAAAAGAAGGAGUUUGAAAGGCUCACUGAGAAGGAACCUAUGAAAUAUGCUGAGGAACCUGACUGUCAAGAGGUAGAACCACCUUAUCCUGCAAAAAUAGAUGAGAGUUUGUCAAGCAGCCAAGAAGCUCCUCUAGCUUUCCAGCAAGUAGAGAGAGAUCAAGAAAAGUAUUUUCCUUCAGAGCCAACUGCAUUCCAGAAAAAGGAGGCAGAGUACAUAGCUCCUCAGAGAGAAGCAUCUGCAAUGCCAGGUACCCCUUGUAUCAAGCAAGAACUGGGGCAGAACUGGAACAACUAUCAACAUUUUAUGUUAGAAAUGAAUCGAGCUAAUCAAGCACAACUUAAAGAAAUUAAGAAAUUACAUUUGGGAUCUUCUGUUUUUCAGGCAGAUUUUGUCACCAGUACUGAUGCAAGUACUUACCAAAGAGAUUAUAAACAUUGGUCCCGUGUCCGUAGUGGCUUUUAUCAAGCAAAUCGGAAUUUCUCCAACUUUGUUUUCCAUGAUGGCUAUUACAAUGAGGACCCCUGGACAUCAGAAUAUAUGGAUAACUACAACAUCUUCUUAAAGAAGUUAAACCGGAAAACUCAAAAUCCGGUGUCAACUUUCUGCUCUACAGUCAGGCCCAUAUCUUCUCUUUCUCCUGAAAUAUCCACACAGACUCCAAUAGCAGUGAAUACAGCACCUUAAAAAGGUGCAGAGUUCUACUUGGCAGCUGCAGUCAUUAUGCUCCACAAGCAAUGUAGAACACCUGCUACCAAAAUUUUGGCAUGGUUCAGGACAACCUGAAGAAUGUUUGUAAACCAAAGACAACUGUUUAUAUUUCAAUUAUUUAUAUAUUUAUGUUGUUGUUAUAACUUGUUUUUGAUAAUAUAUUUAUUUACAAAAAAAAAAAAAUCCCCAAGGACACUGAUUUGAACUGUAUAUGGAAAUUGACAGUGCUACUGUGCUAUAACUUCCCUUAGGAUCAGUAAUCCACAGAUAAUUUUUCAUAAUUUUAAAUAAACAGUAGACAAAACAUAAAUAA